AAAUUUUAUACAUGCCUUUCCUUUCCUUUCCUCUUUUUUAUUUUUCUUCCAGUUCUUUCCAACCAAACGGGGCACUAGGGUUUAAGCGGUGGAAACGAUAACAAAAACCAGAAACUCUUCUAAAACCCUGAAAGGAAAAGAGAGCGGAAAGAAGAUGGAGUUACAGUCAGCUUGUGGAUGGAUUCACAAUCACGCCCCAAAUAUCAGAUUAUCUCCAAAUCGACGUCUCUUCCCUCAUCACACUGUUUCUCCUCCAUUAUCAGUACGAACAGAUACAAGAUUUUGGUUGCGAAAUGUUUCCAAAUCCGAUUUAGUGCUAGGUUCGAGGAGUGGAGUGAAGAAUUUUUCACAAUCAAGCUUGAACAAACGAGUUAUAUGUGCUUAUAAUUCGAAAUCAGAGGGGAAGCUGAACUAUCAUGGAAAAGAUGUGCGUCUAAAUGGGCUUCAUGGGGUGGAGCCUUUUCAUGGUAAAUCAGGUUCUGUUUCAUUUUAUGGAAUCACUCAUCAGUUAGUUGAAGAAGGUAAAUUGGUGUCCGCCCCUUUCGACGAAAGUAAGGGCUCUUUGCUCUGGGUUUUGGCUCCUGUUGCUUUGAUAUCAUCAUUGCUGCUUCCACAGUUCUUUUUCUUUGCAAUUGAGGGCUUCCUCAAAGAUGAUAUUCUCUCAGAAAUUGUGGCUUCGUUAUCAUCUGAGGUCAUUUUUUAUAUGGGUCUUGCAACAUUUUUGCUUGUAACUGACCAUGUUCAAAAGCCAUAUCUGCAAUUCAGUCCAAAGAGGUGGGGCCUCAUCACAGGCCUCAGGGGAUUCUUAACAUCUGCUUUCUUCACAAUGGGUUUUAAGGUUAUCGCUCCUUUGUUUGCUGUCUAUGUCACUUGGCCAAUACUUGGCUUGCCAGCCUUAGUUUCGGUGGCUCCUUUCUUACUUGGCUGCUUGGCUCAGUAUCUAUUUGAGACGCAUCUUGACAAGCGUGGCUCUUCUUGUUGGCCUCUAGUACCCAUAAUUUUUGAGGUCUAUAGACUAUAUCAGUUGAGCAAAGCUGCUCAUUUCAUUGAGAGGAUGAUGCUUGCAAUGAAGGGGGUUCCUGUAUCUCCAGAAGUGCUAGAAAGAAGCGGUGCCUUGGUUGCUAUGAUAGUGACCUUCCAAGUCCUUGGCGUGGUUUGUCUCUGGUCAUUGAUGACCUUUCUUCUUAGGCUCUUUCCUUCCAGACCUGUUGCAGAGAAGUAUUGAUAUUUGUAGUGGAUGCAGUACAUAUAUACUUGUAUGUAUUGGUUCUCAUUUCCCGCUCUUUUCUAUGCAAUGGAAACUCUUAUCUACUAUUAGGUGUUACACAGUUACACUAUAACUGCGGUCCUAGACAUGUUCAUCGAUACAAAAGACGCGUUACAAGUUCUGGAGUCAUCACCUAAUAUUAGCUUAUAUCAAUGAUUAAAUUGGUGAACACUUCUAAUAUAAAUUUCAGGUUCAAUUUUGAACGUGUUAAGUUAAUCAGAAUUAGCUUAUACAUGUAAGUUAUUGUUUGUUUUGAAUAUAAGCAUGACUAUUCCAAAACAUAGUUAGAAAACGCGGCCACACCGAGUCUAGGUAUGUGCAGGUUUGAGAUUUCAGCGCAACCUUCAGUAUCCAUAUUUCCUACUAGCUGGAAACAUUAACUAUAGCUUAUUUCUUUAUAUGAAUGAGCAUAUCGAUCAUGAACUUUGUAUUCGUCAAUCAUGAACUUUGUA